AUGGAGAACAAGGAAAAGAAGAAAAGUAUGGGGCGCAGAAAGAUCGAAAUCAAGAAAAUAGAGAAGACAAACAAUCUAAUGGUUUCUUUCUCCAAGCGCAGGGGCGGACUCUUCAAGAAGGCUGCUCAGCUAAGUGCAUUGUAUGGUGCCAAUGUUGUGAUCGUCGUCAAGUCCCCCUUCGCCGAAAGGAUUCAUUCCUUCGGAACCCUGUCCGUGGACGCCGUCCUCAACCACUUUCUCUUCCAAAACCCAAGUGAUCAUCAUAAGCAGGAAGUCUUGUGUAUGGGCAAGAAAGAUGAAGAAGAAAAAGUGAUGGACGAUUCAGAUAGGCUUUGGUGGGACGCAGGGGUUGAUGAAUUAGGGUUGAAUGAGCUUGAGGAGUACAUGACUGCACUUAAAGGUUUGAGGGAAAACGUGGUAGCUCGGGCCAAUGAGAUGACCACGGCGAGUGCUUGUUCAUCCAAUGAGAUGGCCAUGUUGAGUGCUUAUUCUUCUGUUGAUCCUUUUAUCGAUAUUCUAGAUUUUGACUUCAUUGAGUUUGAUUUUGCGUUCAUUAAUAAUUAG